AUGGAUCCCAAAUAUAAACCCUACACAUAUCAGACACGUUCACCUCCACCCCUGCAUCACCCCACCAUGUCCUGCUGCUACUCCCCGUGCUGCUACAGCCCGUGCUGCUACAGCCUGUGCUGCUCCCCCUGCUACAGCACCUGCACCCGCACCUACAGCUGCAACCCCUGCAUCUCCCGCACACUGAGCUGCUGCCGCCGCUCCUACGGCAGCUGCUGCACCUCCCGGAGAUGCACCACGCGCUACUGCUACCCCUCGUGCUGCACCACGCGCUGCUACUACCCCUCGUGCUGCUCCUACUCCUGCUGCUACCCCUGCUGCUGA